AAGAGGAGUUUGCCAAAGCGACAGUAAAGAAGGAGGUUGUCUGGAUACUGGAUGCACUAAAAAUAAAGAGGCUCAUACAACAGAUGUGUGCAUAAGGUCUAAAGGUCAUAAAGCAAAAAUGGAUGUGGGGAUGUCAGGACAGCUGAAACUACCAGAUGCAAAGCUUGAUGAGUCUGAAGACAAAGGUUAUAAAAAGAAGAACGGCUGCUGUUUCAGAGCAGUAGGGUGUAAGUUUAAGGGAGGGAAAUCGAAGAUUCAGGAACACGAGGCUGGAGCUGUUAAACAGCACCUUAAUCUUUUAAUGGGUGAAGUCAUGAAGCUGAAUCAGAAAGCAAUUUCUACCAAUCUGCCACCAGAUAUAUCAAUAACUUUAACACAAAUGGAGGCAGAAGCUAGCAAGGUCCAACUGAGGACCACAGCCUUUCAGAAGGACCACCAAAUAAAUGAAGUGUGCAAAGAACUGCAAGAGUUCUGCAAGCUCAUGGAUGAAACAAAACAGUGUGUCACAAUUGUUGAGACUAAAUUGACUGCAUUGGAUGACAGGCUGACGGCAUUGCCAAGGGAGAUUAACAAGUGCUCAAAGAUUGCUACUACUUUAAAUAGCCAAAUAGAGCUCAAUAGCCAACAGAUUACUGAUGUGGAAGACAAGCUAACAAAUGUUGAGUCGAGACUGCGUCGAACAGAGCAGGUUAUGGAAGAGACGACAGCACAAAUGAUGGCACUGGAAACAAUGACACAAACUGGCAUAUUUAUCUGGAAAAUUCCACAAAUUAAAAAAAGGUUGCAAGAAGCAAUCGAUGGAACAACACCUUACUUGGAUUCCAGUGAAUUUUACUUUUGCAAAUAUGGGUAUAAGAUGUGCCUUCGAAUAUAUCUGGAUGGCCAUGAAGAAGCUCAAGGAACGUACAUUUCACUUUAUUACAUUUUGCUCAAGGGGCAAUAUGAUGCUUUGAUUCAGUGGCCUUUUAAACAAAAUGUGAAACUUGCUAUACUAAACCUAAAUGAUCGACAACGGUCCAUUCUGAAGAUCUACAUUCCAAGUGAACAGGACGCUGCUUUACAAAGACCUGUAGAAAGUAUGAAUGCACCGCGUGGAUUCCCCAUGUUUGCAACUUCAUCUGAAUUUAAUCAGCGCUUCUCUGAGUUUGUGAUGGGUGAUGAAAUGUUUGUAGGUGCUGAGGUCAUCCUGUAAAUUGAUUAUAAUGUUCAACAUUGGAAGCAGUCCAUGAGUUUGAUGUAAGGUGACACAGUUAGUACUUAGCACUACACAGGUUACAGCAUGUAACUUUGCCACCUGCUCCUUUGCCAUUGUAGGAUAAUGUUAAACUUAAUGAUCAGGAUAUAUUCACAGAAAAUUAAGAAGACAUUUAACAAAGACAUUUUUCUUUAAAAAGGAUGACGUUGGGAAGAAAAAUGUAUUGAUAAUAUUGUAUUAUCAGUAUGAUGUGUUCUCUUAAAAAAAAACUUUGGGGAGGCCCAUGGUAUCCUUGUGGUAUGCUCUUCCUGGACCACCAUUCUGAGCUUUGAUUGUUCCUGAUCCUCCUGUUCCUUUUUGCUUACAUUGCUGGGACCAUUUCAGUGAUCACCUGGCAGCAGCCUCCCUACCACUCCCACAAUGUCCGUCAUUCCUGCCAGCUUCGGAAUUAAAAUCUCCCGUACUUCACAGGUGGUGUGCUUGCUUCAGUUCCUGCACUCCUGACUCCCACUUCAAGUUAAAAUCAACCCCUUCAGCAUUGUACUGAGAAGGUGUUACAACGUCAGAUAUUCAAUCCUUCAAAUGAGAUAUUAAGAUACAAGACCAGUCUGCCUGUUUGAGAGGGCACUAAAGGACUCAUGACAUUACUUUAACAAGACCAGGGAGCAAUGUUAACCAGGAAAGCUCCCUUAAGCACCAUCACAAGAAAACAGAUUAGUUCUUCAUGCCAUUGCUGUUUUUGGGAUUUUUUUUGUGAACAGUAUUUGCAAGCAUAUGUUGUCACUGCACUGUGUUUUGAGCACAUCCGAAAGACAUGAUAAGGUGCUAUAUAAUGUGCUAUAUUUUUAUGACAAUAUAAUGUUACUUAAAUCGCACACUUCAACAAUAAUUCAUGCAAAUAUGGCACAAAUACUUUUGAAAAAUGAGACCUUCAUUCUUUGUUGAAUUAAUUCAGGGGAUGUACAUAUUGUCGAUGGCUCUUUGUUUUGGUGUUUUUGUUUUUCCUUAUCUAACUGAGUUACCGCAUGUUGUUCUCAUGCUGAUAUCAACAGCACCAAUUUCAACAGUUUGAAGAAUAACUCUAAAAACAUAAUUUUCAGAUAUAGGUUUUUACAAACCAUAAAGUGUUUUAAUUACAAUUGUGAUAAGCUUUCCAUAUGCUACAGCUGGACAAUUCUAUACAGUAGCAAUAAAAACAUAUUAAAUUCA